GGUCAGUUCUCCACUCAGUGUUUUAAAAUCAGGAACUUGGGUUAAGAAAGAGGAAAAAACUGCAGAUCAGGGUAGUGACUGUCUGUGUUCACCAUCCCCCCACGGUCACAUACACAGGGGGGCACCAGGUGAUUACCCUGUACCCCUCAUUCCCAUACUACUAUUCCAAGGGGAGUUUGGAAAAGGUCACUGAGGUCACUAGCUGCUCCUGGCUAGUAAAACUGUGGAUGUUACCAGCCGGACGGAUGGACGGGUUUACCCUGAUCUCCACUGUGAGUACUAGUCAAGCUUUGGCAGCCUCUUAUCUACCAGCUGAAGAGAAGGGCCCUGAGAGGGUCACGGCAUGUCAUAAAUGGCAUAGCCAGGCUCUGCUAAUACAAAACACUGUUAAGUCACACCCAGAGGAUCUAGUCCCCUACGAGCCUGAGAUUUACCGCCAACACCAUGACUACUACCCGUACCCCAGUGACAGCGAGAGCCAUGCUUCCCUUUUAGAGCAUUAUUGGGAGUACCCUGCCUCUCACCUACAUGGAGACCUGGAUGGAUUCCCAGACUCUCAACUCACAGAACUGCAGAGCGUGCAGCCGCCGCAAUUACAGCAGUUCUAUAGGCACAUGGAACUGGAGCAGAUGCAUGCACUGGAGCCAGGGCUGUCUACUCCUCAUACACACCUUACUUUGGGCCACCAGGUGACGUAUAUGCCUCGCAUGUGUCUGCAAUACCAAUCUGCUGCACAGCCCAGUUCGGAUGAAGAGGACCAUGAGAGGCGCAGUCCCCCUUUGGAAGUGUCCGAUGGAGAGACAGAUUUACGUGAUUCUAAUUUCAGCAUGUUACAGGGGGAGCCAGGAAGUAAGAAGAAGAUUCGUCUCUACCAGUUCCUCCUGGAGCUCUUACAGAGUGGAGACAUGAAGGACAGCAUCUGGUGGGUAGAUAAAGAUAAAGGGACUUUCCAAUUCUCUUCCAAGCACAAAGAGGCUUUGGCUCAUCGUUGGGGAAUUCAGAAAGGCAACCGUAAGAAAAUGACCUAUCAGAAGAUGGCAAGGGCUUUGCGCAAUUAUGGCAAAACAGGAGAAGUGCGCAAGAUCAAGAAGAAGCUUACCUACCAGUUCAGUGGGGAGGUGUUGGUCAAGGCUUAUAAUGGGAGAAAGCAUUACCACCACUGAGUUAGAUUACACCUACCUCAACCUUUCACUCUCAACAGUUCUUUGGUGGUUUUAGCACAAUGGUACGAAAGACUUGAAGUUGCCAACAGAUGGCAAAAUGUAUUGUAAAUAUUAAUAAUAUUAUAGUAAUUAUCCUUUUAUGAGACAUGGUUGGCCAAAACGGGCAAUGACAUUACCCAACCGUGUCCAGGGUUGAAGGGAGCACACUUCUGAGAAGCUUAUAAUUUUAGCAUUAUUGACUAUAAGGGAUAAUUCAAAAUCUCAAGGAAUAUUCAUUAAAUGAGUGACUUGGUGGUGGAUAAUUGCUACUGAACCUACACAAUAAAAGCAAUUAUUAGCAUGCUGUGCACAUAUGUUACAUUAACAGUGUAUACAAUGCUCAGGAAUAAGUUACACCGAUUUGUUAAAGGGACAUAAAACACAUCUUGCUUUUAUGUAAAAAUUGUGCUUUCCCUACACUCUCUAAAGACGCCAAAAACAACAUUUUUAAAUAAGUUUUAUUAAAAAUACUGAAAAUUGCAUAAUCCAGCUAUUUACAGUGUUUUUGCUUUUUUGGCCUUGCUAGGAAGAGUUGGACAAGCAACAUUUUUAAUAGAAGCAAGAGGGGUCAAACCCUAAAAUGAUGUAAUUAUGAAGCAUAGUUUAAAGGGAUCACCCAACAUACAGCUCAAGGGACACAGUGUAAUGUAUAUGUAGAGCUGAACAUUACAUAUGGACAAGUCUUCGAGCUGAGUAGUAGACUCUCCCCAGCCACAUUGAAUGGAAGGGAAAUUGUACAAAUAAAGACUAAAUUUACAGCUCUAGCACUAAAGGACCAUUAAACUUGACAUUUCAACAACACAUAAAAUGUUUCAUUAUUGCAAGUGAAACAUUAUUGCAAUGUACUUACAUUAUUUAUUUUGCAGCCUUUUGCUGUAAAAUACAUUUAAAAAAUUGUACUUGUUUCACUUUCUCCCAGGGAGGCUUGAGUUACUUUUGGGCAAUUUAUGUGACCUUUUGUUUACUUUCCCCUUACUCCCUGAGCUUCUGUGGUGUCACAUGCAUUAGUGGGUUAUCGGUUUUGCAUCAACAAUUAUAAUAGGCAAAUCAUUCCUUGCAAUAGUAACCAAGCUGAAUCAGUGCUAAACCCCCUUAAACAAGAGUGCAGGCUACCCCAGUCUGCACAUGUGUAAACAGAGUUUGUGCUAUAGCUAAAUAUUAGUUUGUGAUUGGUUAGCAGGGUUUCUUUUGUUCUGAGGGACAAGGAAAUCAGUUAGAAGAAUAAACAUAAAACAAUAUACUCAUUUGACAAAAAAAGCUGCAGUUUUCAUAGCAAAACUAUUCUUAUACAUAAAGGUUCCUAAUCAUGUAAUUUACAAAUUGUGUUUAAUGUCCCUUUAAAAUAAAGAAUUAAACUAUGGUGCUUAGACUUACUAAAGUAUUCUAAAAAUGUCAAUGACCCUUUAAAGCAGCAAGUAUUAACUGAUUUUAGGUUGUAAACAAAAGAUAUAGAACACAGAAAAGAGUCUGUGUGUGAGUGGCGCGCUACUGUGUGUGUAUGCCCGGCAGGCACGUGCGCUACUGUGUGUGUAUUCUUGGGUCUGUACAGUAAUGGAUACAUCACUGGAUCACAUUUUCAGGAAAAUGUUAUUGCAUGUGAAAACUAAAUGGCAUAUAUGCUGAGUUACUAUUUUUUAUUGGAAGUUUUUAAUUUUUUUAUUUUAUAAAUUAGUAUCUCAGUUUUUCCUCUGUAAAACUUAACCUUUUGGGGGAUAUUUAUCAAAGGUCUGGCGGACCUGAUCCGACAGUGCGGAUCAGGUCCGCCAGACCUCGCUAAAUGCGGAGAGCAAUACGCUCUCCGUAUUCAGCAUUGCACUAGUAGCUCUUGUGAGCUGCUGGUGUAACGCCGCCCCCUGCAGAUUCGCGGCCAGCAGGGGGGUGUCAAUCAACCCGAUCAUACUCGAUCGGGUUGAAUUGCAGCGAUGUCUGUCCGCCUGCUCAGAGCAGACGGACAGGUUAUGGAGCAGUAGUCUUUAGACCGCCGCUUCAUAACUGCUGUUUCUGGCGAGUCUGCAGGCUCACCAGAAACAUGGGCCCUCAAGCUCCAUCCGGUGCUUGAUAAAUGGGCCCCUUUGUGUGUCCUGUAUAUUGAAACAGAUAGUCUACUGUCUCAUAUAUAUGACAUAUAUUAGACAACAGUUCUCUUAUAGGGGUUAUUAAAAGCUAAAAUGAAUUUCUAUGCAUACCUUUUACUUUCAUCAGUAUAUGUGUUACAUGUAUAUGAACCUUACAAAGGGCUAGAUUACAAGUGGAGCACUAUUUUAAUGUGCACCCGUAAAGGGGCAAAUUCUCCCCUUCACAGGCACACAUUAAUUUAAAUAACCAGCGAUUACAAGUAGCUGGUUAAUGCUCCCGUUAGCACUUUGCGCUUAGCACAAUUAAGCAGAGGUCAAACCUCUAGUUAAUUAAAAAAAUGUGCCCCAAUUGCCCCCCCCCCCCAAAUAAAGUGGACAGUAUUUCAUUAUAAAAUAAAAUGAUGAGCAUCUUUAUUUAAUUUUUUUAAAACUGUACGAAGCAGUUAUAAGGGGUUAAAGUGAACGUCACCAAAAGUGAUUGGGUCUAUGGGUAACUGUGUUUUCACUAUAAAUAUAAAUGAAUAUGCUUAUAAAAUAAUAAAUAAUAUUAUUAAAAUAAUAAUAAAAUAUAUAUACUGUAUAUAUAUUAAUAUAAAUAUAUUUGUUAUUUUGCUGCCCAAUGCUGCGUGAAUUGCCCCCUCCGCGGCGCUACGUACUUUGCCGUGUCUCAUGGCAUGAGGACGAGGUUCCCAUUGAAGACUAUGGAAGUGUGCUCUCGUGAGCGCAAGGCUUUGAGGCGCCUUACUUGUAAUACCAGCGCUGGUAUUACUGAGUGGAGCGCAAAUAUCACACUUGCGAAAGCUCAAUUUUGCCUUCCACUUGUAAUCUAGCCAAAGUCCAUUAGCAAAGUAAAUGUUUUUUAUCAUUUGUAUAAUCUCAUCAUCUUAAUGUAUCUUCAGAUGAAAACUGGUUUAACCAUGUAUGCACUUUUGUUUUAUGAAUGAUUUGGAAGCUAACCCCUUGCCUGCCAGAGCAUUGUAAUCCUCUUUAAUUAUAUUGGAUAAAACAGCCAGUCAUAUAUGUGUGUACCUGCGUGCCUCAUAUACUGGACGUUUUCAGGGCCUGCAUUAUAUUCCUUGAAGCAUCACAGUAACAUUUUUGAAUGCCAUAAUUGUUUUCUUAAAAAAAACAAAAACGAAAUAUGCUAAACUAGUUUGUAAAUAAACUGUACAAUCACAAAUAAAGUCACUUUUGUUUAUGUUAAACCUUAAAUGGAAAACAAAUUCAAUAAAUCAAUUACUUUUUUUUUCAAAAUAAUUUUUAUUAGGUUGCGACUUAGGCAUUUAUACAAUAUGUGUAAAAGAAUAAAGAAUAUGGUACAAAACAGGAACAUAGCGUGUUACACAUUGUCCAAUAAAGGUCACUUCCUUGUUAGUAUCACAGAACUGAAGCACAUAAAGUAAAAAAAAUAGAAAAAAAAUGCAUGUAGCAUAACAGGACAUGUUAAACAAUGAGUGGACCUUCUAAAUAAAACUUACUGGCCAUUAUUGGACCUCAUCUUAAUCAAUAUAUAAAAUAAUAGAAGGUAUCAUGACAGGAAGGGACCACUAAGGCCUCUCAUUACAUAACUAAUUUUUUACAAAUUUGUGCAAAAAAAAAAGACAGAUAUAAACGUAGGACUUUGUGGUUUACAUUGGAGGUUCAAAAUAUUAUUUGAGUCUUAAAGUAACAUUUUAAAGAUGACAAUUUUAUGAUAGUCUGAACAUGAAAGCAUAUGAUUCACUGUAGCUUGUUAUAUUGUCAAAGAGAAGAAAAGAAAAGAAGAGCGAGAAGAAAAAAAGGGGUAGGGAAUACUCUGACCGUGUCACACAACUCAACCUCCUCUCACCCCAAGUCAAAUUGUAACGUCGGCUAUUAAAAAAUAUAAACAAAGAGUGACAUCAAAGCCAAGGGGCCUAUCUAUCAAGCUCCGAAUGGAGCUUGACACCCCGUGUUUCUGGCGAGCCUGCACUGAGCAGGCGGACAGACAACGCCGGAAUUCAACCCGAUCGAGUACGAUCGGGUUGAUCGACACCUCCCUGCUGGCGGCCAAUUGGCCGCAAGUCUGCAGGGGUCGGCGUUGCACCAGCAGCUCUGGUGCAAUGCUGAAUAUGGAGAGCGUAUUAUUGCCUGUGAUUGAAGAAGAUAUAUAAGGUUAUUCAUAGUUGGUUCCUUGCCACUUUUCCAAUUUUUGAGUAUAAGGUACCUACCUCCUAGAAUGGUUAUAUUAAUAAAACAAGUAUUUUCCCAACUGUUUUGCCUAUAAUAUAAAAGAAAUAAGUGUCUUUUCUCAAGUUUAAUAUUCUUCUUAGAACCUUGCUUAACCAAAACAUUGUACGAAACCAAACUUUUUUUAAUUUUAGGGCAACUCCAGAACAUAUGGAUCAGAUCAGCUUCAGAUGAAUAGUUUUGGAUACCAAUUGUUUAGUUUGGCUGGAGUAAUGUAAACCUGAUUAAUAAGUUUAAUAUGUGUUUCUUAUCAGGCUGCAUAGAGUGUGGCUUUCUCUACUCUCUGAAUACUGUGUUUCAAUAAAUCCUCACCUGUUACUGCUAAGGCUUGUUGCCAUCUUACAUUUAUGUUAAAAUAAUUUUUUAUUGCAUUUCAAAAGGAAUGUAAACAUAACAUUUUCAAUUGUCCCACAUUUUCAUGUACAGGAUUCAUGUAGUUACAAUCAGUGUUCUACCAACAAACUAUAGAACAAAAGCAUAUUGAUACGUGAGUAUUCAUUUUCAGUCCAAUAACACACUGAUAACAAUGGUGGUCAAGCAAUUCAAUGACUGUCGACUCUUUUGAUAAUAAUAACCCUUUGACCACCCCUCUAAAGUAUAUUUAAUUAUCUUUCUGACAUUCCACCUAUAAUUAUUGAGUUGUUGAGUCGGGAUUACUUGAGCUAUGAUUGGUUACUUCUAUUGCCUUAAGAUUGUUUUCUUACUUUUAUGUAUCUACUUCAAACUUGUUAAAACUGAAUAAACCUUUUAACGUGAACUAAA